AUGGAUUCUUCUUCCCAACUCUUUGGAGGUACAGAAGAAUGCAUGAGCAGCAGUGAAUCUGGAUGGACUACAUAUGUUGCUUCUCCUGUGCACCAUGAAGAUGAUUAUGAGGACCAUGCUGCUGCUGCUGCUGAUGAUGAUGAUGAUGAUGGAAAGGAUGACAGUGAUGACUCCAUGGUUUCUGAUGCCUCAACUGGUCCCAAUAACCAUUGUGAAGGUGAACAUGUGUAUGAGAGUGGUCAAGACAUGAUUCAGUUCAAGCAUGAUCAUGAUCAGGAAGAGGAUGAGGAUGAACACACAUGCUAUUCUUACACCAAAUCUUACAGACAGAAGAAGAAGGAGAAGAAAAAAGAGGAUGAAGUGAGAGGAAGAGAAGCUGUGAAACAGGCAAAUAGUGCUACUAGUUCUGUCAACAGUGGUGUCAAGGUAAGGAAAACCAGUUGGAUAGAGAAGGGAAAAUAG